AGUGAAAGGUGCGAAAUAUGACCCAAGUGGCCGACCACCAAAAGGUGUAUCUCAUACCUCCUCUAUUGGCUGGGUGGGGCCUCCAGCAGGGCUUAAAUACCCAGACCGGCCUCCUGAUGGAGUUGCCUGGCAGAUGGAUUUGCCUGUUGAAGAUGACAAUGUUGUGGAUGAUGUGGGCAUGACCAAUUACAGAGCAGUAACCCCAGAAGCUCCUCCCCCACCUUUCACAUCCCCUGCUCCAUCAUCGCCUGAACCAGAAGAAAGGACAAAAAGAGUGUUUGAACUCUUUAUUGGGGAUCCUUACAAAGUAUCUGAGGAGGAGGGUAUGCUAGAAAGUUCAGAUGACGAAGAUCUUCUUGACCCACCCAGUCCAAGAGAUUACACUCAGUCAUAUGUCAAUCAAACAGAUGGCCACUCCCCUGAAGAUGUCAAUCAUUAUGAAAGCCACACCCCUGAGAAAGAGUCUUUAAAAUUAUCACUGCCAAUUGCUGAUGAUGAUUAUGAUGAGACAGAUGAUAUGGAUACAGAAAGGCUUUUAGCAGAAGCUGAAUCUGUGUCAAAGAAAUUUGACUUAAAGAGUAUCAUUAAUUCAAAUAAAAAUAUCCCGGUGUCAACCUUGGAAACAGACGUUACUCAUUCAGAUUUGUCCAAUCAAAAUUCCAAUCCAGAUAUCACCAAAGAAACUACACAAAGCAGUUUGGAUGAAUUUAGCAACAAGAAAAGAGCAGAAGAGCUGGUUUCUGAAAUAAUUACUGAAAAUGGACUUGAGUUUGAAACAAGCAAUAUAAGUAAUAAAAAAAGUAUAUUAGAAAGAGAAAAAUCUGCAGUGAAGUUUAGUGAAGAUGUUAAAACAGUAAAUAUUACUCCAAGGAAUAUAGGUCGUAAAGUAGAAGAACUUCAUCAUAAAAAAAAGCCUGUACCCCACACCACUGACAAUUUUGUCGACUUAAUAGAAAUAAAAAAUAGAGUAGAGCCUGUCCUAUCUACAAGUAAAGCUGAAUUCACACAGAGAGAAAUGAAAUCCCCGCCUAGAGGUUCACCGCCACGGGGAACUAACAGACCUCCAUCUGGUAAAUCCACGGCAACAGAAAAUUCUAAAGUUUCGAAACAAUUUAUUUAUCAAAACAGUGUUAGAAAAAAUACCCCACAUAUUCAGUCAACAAAAGUCAGUACUGAACAGUCAGCAUCAUCAUGUAACAGACCACACUCUGCCAGUACAAGACCAAGGUCAGCAAGUGCACCAUUGAAUCGUGCAGCAAAACCCAUCACCACGGUAACUGUAGACUACGGUGAAAUAGAAAAAUCUGAGAAGGAAAAAUCUAAAAGUGAAGGAAAUAAAAAGAAAGAAAGAAAAAGGAAAGAUGAUAUUGUUACUAUGAUGCAGAAAAUUGCUUUAAAUGAGGAUGAAGGUCAAGGUCAUUUUGAUACAGCAAGUUCUCAAGGUCAUGUAGUGGGAAAAGAUGAGAGCAAUAAAACUGAGGUAACACACGACACAAUAAUAUCAGCUCCAACUGUGUGCAAAUCUGAGCAUGAGAAAAAUUACUAUGAAAUAUCCAGACACUCAAGCCUGUCUAAUAUAGCUGACAGAGAAAUUAAAAAUGAACCAGAUAGACCUCUUUCAAGAGAAAGCAGUGUUUAUAAGACUACUAAAACAUUAGAAUUUGACAAGGUAGAGCCAAAAGAAGUAUCUAUAAAGAGUGUGAUUGAUCCACAUAUGGUGUCAACUAAAGAAAAAGACAGAUUUUUGGCAACAAGUCCAGAUAUUAAACAUAGAAAAUCUACAAGUAGACCAGCAAGUGCAAAGCCCCCUGUCAGUAAAAAGAUAAACUCCAUGGAUGACCUUGAAAGACCAGGCUCAAGAUUAGGUUUUGUUGCUAUGGCACCAGAGGAAUCAUCAGUAGACAAAACAAAGCAAGUAAACCGUCCUGCAUCAGCUUCAAACUACAGAAGGCCUAGAUCUGCUGUCAAAGAUAAAGAAAAUAAAUCGCAACUGAAAACCAAAAAAACUGAGGACGAAAAUAAAGAACUGACAGAGAAAGACAAAGAUGAUAGAGAGAAAGUUAUAGACAAUCUCUUGGAAAGGACAAAAAGUUUAGCAGCAAACAAAGAGGAGUCAUUACAAGGAACUGAAGACAUUUGUGUGACAGACAAACUGGUGGCAGAGAAAAGGAAACCCAGACCCCUGUCUGCACAUGUAGGCCUGCUGUCAAGGACAAAGGAAGCAACAGCAAAAACACCAGUCAGCAAGAGACCAAUGUCAGCAACUACAUCAGUACAUAAACAUUAUGCUUCAUAUUCACGAACAAACAGUGCAGGAUCUGUCAAGCCAAAGAAGUCCUCUAGUAAAACACGAGUAGUACUCACUGAGCCUUGUAUCAUUAACACAAACACAUCUUAUUAUGAAGAGGAGACAGAAGAAGAUAUUGCCUGUCAGAAAAUGGAGAAAGAACUUGCAGAGAAAGGAUUGCAUAUAUCUGCUGCUACACUACAAAAGGCUCUGUACCCUCCAUCCGGAAAGUCAAGAUACUACCAGAUAACUGCAGAUCUACCUCAGAAACCUUCCCUCUCAUUGUUGAGUCAUCCGAAGGUCUGGCUACCUGAGGAGCACAAAAGACUUGUAAAAGCUGAGAAAACACUUGAAAAGGCCAAUGAGAUGAUGUAUCUGCAGGAGAAAGCGGAAAAACGUCGAGCGUUCCUAGCAUCACUGACACCAGAACAGAGAAAGAAACUGAAAAAGAAGGGAAAGAAAGGGAAGAAGGGAGGGAAAAAGUUGCAAAAAACUCAUAGUGCUGUAUGACAAGACAAAACUGAAAUUAUACUGAAAAGGAACUUUUAGGAACAUUGAGUUCCGACAUACUGUCUAAAGAAUAGUAUAGAAUACUUCUGUCUGUAUUCAAAGGUAUAAGAACUGAUCUAGCCAGUCUGUUACUGCCUACAAUCCUGAUACAAACAUAUAUUUGUUGAUCCAAAAGGGGCUGUUGACUGGUGAGCAUCUGUUGGAUAGUUAUUUUGUUGUUGAUAUAUAGUUUAGGACUCUAGCUGGAUAUUGUCUGUGAUAGAAUGUUGGAAAUGUUUCCAAUAUAUAGCGACAAAGUUAUUCGCCUUGAUAUUUACACCUGUGCUACUGGUAUUUACACCUGUGCUGCCGGUAUUUACACCUGUGUUGCCGGUAUUUACACCUUUGCUGUUCGUAUUAACACCAGCACUAUUGGUAUUUAUAACUAUGCUGCUGGUAUUUACACCUGUGUUGCUGGUAUUUACACCUGUGUUGCCGGUAUUAACACCUGCACUAUUGGUGUUUACAACUAUGCUGCUGGUAUUUACACCUGUACUGCUUUGUUUUGCAUUUUCGUGAUAAAACCAUGUGUAAGUAGAUAAAACCUUUGCUGCUUAUGCACAAAAUGACUGUAUACUACAUAGGUAAGCUAAGUGUCUGUCUUGAUAUACCUGGUAAUCUGAAGCCCAAGUGUCCAGAAAAGAAAACAACAGGGAAAAGAUUAAUUAAAUCAAUCUAUGUUUUACCAGUAAAAGCAUGGAUGGCAUCUUAACAUGGUUGGCAUGUUUAUUUAUUUGCCAUUUGAGUUUGUUUGAUGAGAUGUAUAAUUUGUAUGAUCUAAGAAUAAUGCGAAAUCGUGAGUAGAUGUGUGGUAGGAAGUAUGUUUUAGGUUAUGACUUUGGUUUUAAUGAUUUACUGUGUUCAGUAAUGCAUUUAGAAAUUCUUAAAGACUAGCUUCUAGGAUGCAAGUUUAAAAAUGCUUUUUAGCUCGACUAUUCAAAGAAAAGGUAGAGAUAUUGGACUCACUCAUGCGUCGGCGUCAGCGUCCUAUUUUGGUUAAGUUUUUGUAUGUAAGCUGGUAUCUCAGUAACCACUUAUGGAAAUAGAUUGAAACUUCACACACUUAUUCACUGUGAUAAACUGACUUACAUUGCACAGGUUCCAUAACUCUGUUUUGCUUUCUUACAAAAUAAUGCCCUUUUAAUUUCUUAGAAAUUUUUGGUUAAGGUUUUAUAUGUAACCUGGUAUCUCGGUACCCACUAAUUGGAAUGGAUUGAAACAUCACACACUUGUUCACUGUCAUGAUCUGACAUGCAGUGCACAAGUUCCAUAAAUCUACUUUGCAUUUUUACAAAAUUAUGCCCCUGUUUUGACUUAGCAGUCUUUGGUUAAGUUUUUGUAUGUAAACUGGUAUCUUAGUACCCACUAAUGGGAAUUGAUGGAAACUUCACACACUUGUUCACUGUCAUGAUCUGACAUGUAAUGCAGGUUACAUAACUCUACCUUGCAUUUUUACAAAAUAAUGUCCCUUUAAUGACUUAGCAAUUUUUGGUUAAGUUUUUGUAUGUAAGCUGGUAUCUCAGUACCCACUAAUGGGAAUGGAUUGAAACUUUGCACAAUUGUCCAUUGUCAUGAACUGAUAUGCAUUUUACAGGUUCCAUAUUCCUGUUUUGCAAUUUUACAAAACUAUUUCCCUUUUUCAACUUUUAUUUUCAUUCAACUGACAAGUCUGUUGAAUAGUCAAGCGUUGCUGUCUUCCAACAGCUCUUGUUUAUAUAAAACUUAAUCUAAUUAGCUGUUGUCUUGUGUUUAGAAAGUUGAAGGCAAUUCAGAAAAACGAGAACUGUUUAAUCCACUAGGUUUUCCUUGAUUAUGUUUUAAAUAUUACAACAAUACUGUCUGUAUUAUAAGUCUUCUUAAAACACAAUAGAGAAAGUAAUAGAAUAUUUUUCAAUUGUCAAAUUUUUUUAUUAAUUUUUAAUUGAUUAUCAAAAAGAAAUUUUAAUAGAAGUUUUAAAAUUACUCUUUUUGACUAUUUGUUCAUGGAUUUUUGUAAAACUUCAAGGGUAUCUUAAUUUGUGUAAAGCAACAUUUUACAUGGAAACAAAAAAUCACAGGUCAGAAUUUCACACAGAGGUACAUGCUGAUCUUGGUCUGCGCUGGUAGCAAAGGCAGGGGCUUAUUUUAGAAAUGGCAGGUUGAAACUUAUUAAUUUUUUUUAAAGCUGUUACGAGAGUUGAUACUUUAUAUAAUGUGUUGUUCUACAUUAUAUUAUUACCACUAGGUGCAGUACCUUUAAACUGUUGUGAUACAUAUAUUAUUAUACUUUAGUUAUAUUUAGUUGGAAAUGGUAUUUUUCAUUUAUUUAGAAUAUCAAGAAUUUUUUAUAAAGAAGCCCGUUGUAGAAAUAAAACAAUA